AUGACGUUGAUUGGUAGGACAUGUGCCUCCGUCUACGAUGCCUUUGCAGUACAGUGUGCCCAUGAUGAUGUGGUGGAGGUGAUGAUUCGUGGACGUCUCGCGACGUAUGUGCCGAGUCAACUUGACGCUGAGCAAGUGAUGCGCAAGUUCCGAAGUGCAACAUCGCGGCAGUUGCAGGUCGGUGAGGACUCACUGAACUAUUUUAAAAAGACGCACGGGGACAAGACGGCCGAAACCAUUUUAGAGCUGCGCGCUAUGGAAAAGUUGAUUGGUACGUACUAUGAAAAUACAGAUGAUGGGACGGGGAUGGUGUCCCUUGUGCACAGCGUGGACAGCUGCAUUCACCAUGAGCUAAUACACAACAAAACAAACACAGGACGUCUUGCGAGCGCCAAUCCCAAUUGCCAGAAUAUUCCCAAGGAAGAUAAAUCGCCAUUGCGAGAGAUGUUUGUUAGUCGUUAUGGGGAAAAAGGUAUGUGCAUAGAGGCGGAUUAUUCCCAGCUGGAGGUCGUUGCCUUGGCUGUGCUUGCGAAUGAUUUUCAAAUGCUUGAGGAUCUUCGAUCGAAUGUGGAUUUCCAUUGCAAACGUGUGGCGAUGAUGCGGCCUGACCUGCCGUACACCGAGGUUUUACUGAGAGCGAAGAGGAACAAGGAGCCGGAGUUUGUAAAACUGCGUCAGCAGGCGAAAAUCUUUUCAUUUCAGCGACAGUACGGGGCUGGUGUGAAAAUGAUCAGUCAAAGUACCGGGCUGACACAAGAUCAGGUGCGCCAACUUAUUGAAAAGGAGCGGGAGACCUAUUAUGGCGUAGAUGCGUUCAACAGCAUGGUCGCGUUGUCUGCUAACAACUUUGACGCCUCUAUUCAAGACGGUUCACGCAACGUACGAGGACACCAGCUCUUUAAAGGUGUCUUUCCCGUUAUUACUGGGAGCCGUUACGUCUUCACCGAGUCCGAUGUACCGGAGGGUAUAAUGCGGGACAAGGCGUUGUCCGCGAAGUCAACAAGUUUUUCCCCCACACACCUUAAAAAUUACCCUGUGCAGGGUUUUGCGGGAGAAAUUGUGCAGGUCAUGUUGGGCGUGCUCUGGCGACACUUCUUGAUGAACAACAACUACAAUGGACUGGCCGUGCUCAUUAACACGGUGCACGAUUGUGUGUGGAUUGACUGCCACGCGGAUGUCUUUCUUCAAGUUGCGGAUGAAGUAGAGACAAUCAUGAGUAACGUGCGGGAGGUUCUUAACCACCUCUACCCAGAAAUGAACAUCACGGUGGACUUCCCAUGUGACGUGGUUGCUGGUGAGAACAUGGGUGCGCUGCGCCCUAUUGUCCGCGAGGAGACACUCUAA